AUGUUGAGCCAAUUCGCGGGCAAUGGCAACUCGGUGGCAUUUGCCAUUGCCCAGGAAGCGGUGAACGUUUCUGCAUGUGCCGCUGCCCACGAGUUUUCUGACAUUUCUACACAUUGCAUGUACAAGCAUCUGAGCCAGAAGGCCAUCCCCGAGAUUCCCGCGGAGCAGAGAACUGCAGCCUGGAUCCACGAGAUGCUUGAUCCGGCUUACAGUUUGAAUGCGAAGGUGUCAAAGUUGCCGAGGCCCAAGCCACUGCGAGCAACCUAUCCGGAAGGACCCUUGCGUCCAGAUUGGUCAGGUGAUGUUGUCUGGGUACAUGAGAUGCUAGACUCGAUUUAUAGUUUUACUUCGAAGGAGGCGAAGCUGAAAGCACAGCCUAUGGGAGCAAGAUAUCCCGAGAGCUGCUUGCAAGUCAAGUCGCCAGGCGAUGCCACCUGGGUACACGAGAUGUUGGACUCAGCUUACAGCUUCACAUCAAAGGAGGCCAAGCUGAACGCACGGCCUUUGGGAGCAAGAUAUCCCGAGAGCUGCUUGCAAGUCAAGUCGCCAAGCGAUGCCACCUGGGUACACGAGAUGUUGGACUCAGCCUACAGCUUCACAUCGCAGGAACCGAUAAUGCAAUUCCUGGCGCUUCGAAGAACAUGCCCUGGCCCUGAACGGCCUUUGCAAGCAAAUUGGACUGGCGUUGGGGGAGGAUUGAUGCCGGUUCACAACAGCACCCCGGCCUGGAGCCAGUCUCGCAGCAAACGGAUGCCGGGCUCUGUUUCAAUGUCACCUGGGCCCGGAAGCUAUGGGAAUCCAGAGUACCUCAGUUUUGAGAAGUACAUGCCAGACAGGCUGCAGAAGGUCAAGGAUCGAAAGGAGCGUGGCAGGAGGAUCGCGGAGCGAGCUGUGAGUCGCGAAGCGGAAAGGCAGGGCCUGGCAAGACCCCGCUCCGCCCGCUCCCGCUGA